AUGGCAUUAUCGUGUAUUCUUAUCUACACCACGGUCGUCUUCUACAAUUGGCGCGUAGAGGACUUUGCCCACGACGCCAAACAGGAUAGAACCAUCCCUGGAUACGUUGGCGGUGGAUACUUUUGGAUCAAGAUGUCUAUCUCCGCCAGCUGCCUUGCUACAUUACCAUCCUUAAUACACCUUGUCCUAUUCAUCCGCGACUGCGUCGAAGUCGACAAGCAGAAGAAGGUUGCUAAGCAAUCCAGGGAAAGAGAAAUGGAAACACCAAGGGCCUCAGUUGACCCUCGGGAUUCAAUAGCCCAUGUUCCAGAAUCGGAACCAAAGGCCGGACGACAGAGCGAGGACUACGAUGGGAAGGUCGACUUUAACAAAGUACUCGUAGGGAAGAAAGAAUAA